UGGGACAAAACUUUAUGUUUUAAACUAGAAUGUGUUCUUUUAUUGUCUUAACUAUCCCACUACUCUUGAAUCAUUUAAUGUGUAGUAGCAGAGUCCAUGAAAAGCAGGAAAUGAAAGUACUGCGUGUUCAUUAUCGGACUUCAGUUCUUCGUGGCGAUGAAGACUGGUUCCUGUUAAGCCAAUGAGACUUUGAUUGAGGCAACCGGGAGUUAAUGAGUAACAGGAGAGUUGCAACCUUCAGCAGACAUUUGUUCAGCUCUUACCGUGUGACUCAUAUAGUCACAAGAAGCACAGAUCUCUGCGUGUGUUUACUAUACUGGCAGGACUGGAUAACCGGACUUUGUGGAGGCUUUUAUUUUUCUUGUAGGAGUUGUUUUGUUGGUUGCGUCUGAGAAACUGAGCUUCCAUGGCUGACACAAGGUCUCAGUCCCCGGCCACUGGCUCGGCGGCUAAACUCGACGAGGUGCAAGGCCAGGUCAACGAGGUUAAAGUUAUUCUGAAAGACAACAUCAGCAAAGUGCUGGAGAGAGGGGACAGAUUAGAUGAUCUGAUUGGCAAGACUGAUGACCUGCAGGCGUCUGCUGACUCUUUCCAAAGAACAUCCACACGGGUUGCCAGGAAAUACUGGUGGAAAAACAUUAAAAUGAUGAUCAUAAUUGGUGUGAUUGUGCUGAUCAUCGUUAUCCUCAUCAUCCUCUUUGCCACAAAUGUGAUAUAACACCCGAUCUGAACUCCUUCAGCAGCUCAGGACUGAAAGCGAUGAAGACGGUGGAUGAAGCUCACCUCUUUUAUUUAGCGUGUAAUUGCUCUCGUGAAGAGAGUCUCAGAUCAUUUCAGCUCAAACAAACGGACAUUUCAAGAAAUAUUUACGUAAAUUCAAAAAGGGUAGAUGAUUUUGUAACACCUGCAAGCUUAUUGGUCAGGAUGCUCUACGAUAAAGCUUACGAUGACAGGAUACAAAUUAGAGCUUAAAUUAUUAGAAACUUGGCUGAAAUACUUCUUGAACACUCCAACAGUCAAUGUGACGUAAUAUUACUAUUUCACAACGGAUCACAUAUCCAAAUGAGUCUUUAUUUUUAUUGUUAUUGUACUUCUUUAUGUCCAAUUACCUGUAUAUAUAUAUUCUGUUUAUGACUGUCAGACUCUGUAAUAACAUAUGUAUUAUAUGACUGAUGACUACGAUAAAAAGUAAAUUGUAACAAUGCAUUUUAUGCAUUCUUUGCUACUACAAUACUGUAUAUGUAUGUGUGUGUGUGAUCUGUUCCAACCAAUCUAACAUUUCUGUUAUGUAAUAAUUGAAGCAAUUCACAAAUAGCAUUUGAGAACAUUAAAUACAAAAAGAAUAGAGGAUUAGGAAAUGCAAACUGCCCAAACUUUGCAGCAAUCUAAAUAAAUGCAAAACACCAAAACUUUUGGGAUACAACAAAUACUCCGGUAAAUAUAGAGGAAAUGUAGUGUAGGUCAUAGUGCUCUUCAUGAGUUUCUUACAAUCAGCUAGUGAUCUUUGCUGGAUACCAUCAUCUCUCUGGCCAACGCUCCACCAGCGCUCUGCUGUCUUUCAUCACUCUGAAACCUACGAAAAACAAACAAAACAGAUCAGCUAUAGAUGAACCAAAACCUGCUAAAACUAUAAAUAAAAACAGGAAUCCCCCAUGUUUAUAAUGUCCAAUGUAAAAAAAUAAAAUAAACAAUUAAAAAAACUGAGAACAAUUAUUUUACAGUUUAAAAUAACAACAAAUAAUAGUUAGUCCAUAAGCUAGAAAUCCUGAAGUGCAAUAAAUUGAAGAAGUCAAAAUACUAAAUGGAAGAAACCUUUGAUCGGUCCAAAAAAAAAAAAAAAAAAAAAUACACAUUAAAGAAAACAUUACAUGCAAAUUUCUGGAAACUUCUUUCUUUUACAGAAGGUUAUCAAAGGGAAAAUUUGUUACAGGAAAAUUAACAUAACGAGGAGUCUUUUUCCAUCGCUGUCAGUAAGACAAAACAGAGCAAUACAUGUACACAAAGUAAAGCACUUUAUCCCUCCCCCCCAACAGAGUCUCGUCCAAAUACGAACCAGGUUUUAGCUCAUGGACUUACUGGCUACAAGAGCUAAAUAAAGAAACAAGCAUUUUAGAUAAGAUUAGGAAUGCAUAUAUUAACAAUAGGAACUGGAAAGUCCAGAGAAUGCUGUACGUAGUAUCCUUUGAAAAGCAAAUAGUUAUUUUUUUACAUACUGAUAAUCAUUACUUGUGGGGGGAGUAAGGGCCUGUAAAAAAUGACAAUUACAUGUGUAUAUUUUAAGUUUUACAUUAUAAAAAACAGUUGCAAAGAAAGUAAAAUGGAAAGAAAGAUGACAAAGCUGGACGUGUCCCAUAUUGUUUAGUUUAGAAAUGCUGAUACAGGAUGUUGUAAGACCAUACCAAAUGGCAGCAUUCGAGAGCGUAUGCUUCUCGUACCCGGUCCGCAUUGAGCGGGCCCUGAGAGUAUCUGGGAGUCAGCUCAUGGCCUGCAAGGAAGCUCCGCUGGCAGGUACAAACAAGGUAUGUCAGAGUUAGGAGACAACAUACUUCCUUUUCUGUUUUCCUUGCACAUCCUUAACUUUUGGCAUCCAUUUACUGUAGUAUCAGUACUUUACCUGUUAACUUUACACUUAAAAAAAAAAAAAAAAAAAAUGAAGGUGCAAAAGAGGCAGCAGAAGGCCAGCUGUUAAAAUAAUCGCCACAAGACUGUAGCCUCUAUGUUACCACUACUGUAAAGCACUUGAGGGUGCUGAGAAAAAGAAAUUUACAAGAGGAAAUUAAUAAUAAUGUUACCAAAACAGCAAAGUAAAUAUAACUACCUUAAGUUUAAAGUAAAAGGUGUAUUUUUUUGUCUUUACGUACCUACUUGAAGAUGAGUUUCCUCCGUUAAUACGGCUUGUAACUGUUGGUGUGACCACCACGCCGUGGCGACUUGCCAUAUCCACCAGAUUCAUCUACAAGCGGGGCGCAAAAUCUGAUUUCAGGGGUUUUUGUCAUUUCAAAACUAAUAGAAAGUGAAGGGAAAAUGAAACUGGAGCACGUCAGGGUGUUCUACUCACCGUUGUAGUCACCAUAUCCAUAAUAGUUGUUGUAACCAGGGUAAUCAUAGCCACCGUAUCCUCCAUAUCCUUGAUUAUUGUAACCAUAAUUGCCAUAAUUCCCAUAGCCUUGAUUCCAGUAGUUGCCAUAACCCUGGUUCCAAUUCUGAUUGGGACCUGCAGUUAAACAGGAUUUAAAUAAAAUGCUUUUGAUCACA